AGACUGUGGUCAGACAAAAGGAAUCUGCAUAUGAAAACUGGAGACCAGCUAUCCCAAAUAGACCUGCAGAGCCAGACAAUGGUGUGAAUACUAUGUGGCAAUAUAAUAACCAGCACUGCACUGCUGUAUCAUUCAGAGAUUCAGGCCAGUGGACAGAUGAGAACUGCUUCACUACACGUCCUUUCAUCUGCUAUAACAAAUCCUGCACAGGAUCAUCAUGCACCCACCAUCAGUAUCACUUUAUUAAUGAGAAUAAGACUUGGACUGAUGCACAGAGGUACUGCCGAGACAAAUACACUGACUUGGCAACCGUUGAUAACAUGGAGGAAAUGAACAUGCUCCGUAACACAGUGAAUGAAACCUACUCUGGUUUAGCCUGGAUUGGACUGUAUGAUGAUCUAAACAGCUGGAAAUGGUCUCUGGAUGAUGAUUCUUUCUACAUGAUAAAAGAGAGAAGCUUUAGAAAUUGGUAUAUAUCUAAACCACUAAACUGGAAUGGAAACAGCUUGUGUGUCUACAUCUCCAGUUUUAAUGGAGAGUGGUGGGUGGACUCUUGUUCUGUGGCACGUCCAUUUAUUUGUUUUGAUGGUAGGGUGAAUGCCAGUGAAAGUUAUAUACUGGUUUAUAAGAACAUGAACUGGACUGAUGCUCAGAGAUACUGCAGAGAUCAUUACACAGACCUGAUCAGUGUGAGGAACGAGACUGAGAACCAGAAGAUCAGAUCAUUCAUAUCUAAUUUCAUUUCUUUAAAUCCUGUAAAUUAUUAUAAUUAUUAUAAUUAUUAUUAUCAUUAUUAUUAUUAUUAUUAUUAUAUGUGGAUCGGCCUGUACAGAACCAGGUCUUGGUCAGAUAAAAGCAACUCUUCUUUCAACAACUGGAAACCUGGACAACCAGAUAAUUAUGCACAGGAUGAAUUCUGUACUGCUGUGUCAUUUACUGAUCUUGGGAAAUGGACAGAUGAAAACUGUGUUAAAGCUUUUCCAUUCCUCUGUUACAAAAUCACUGCGUCAUCAUCUCGCCAGUAUUACUUUGUUAAUGAGAAUAAGACCUGGACUGAAGCACAAAAGUUCUGCAGAAAAAAUUACACUGAUCUGGCUACUAUUGAUAACAUGGAGGAAAUGGACAGCCUUCUUAUGACAGCAAAUGACAGCUACUCAGGUUUAGCCUGGAUUGGCCUGUAUGAUGAUCUGGACAGCUGGAGAUGGUCUCUGGAUAAUGAUACUUUCUACCAAGAGGGAGAGAGAGACUACAGAGGAUGGUCCCAUCAACCUGAUAAUUAUUAUGGAAAUGAGCUGUGUGCUUCCAUAAAUUACAGAGGGGAAUGGUUUGAUCAGCCUUGUACUGACAAAAGGACAUUUGUCUGCUAUAAUGGUACCCACGACACAUAUGUGUGGAUUUAUAAUUUAAUGACUUGGGAAGAAGCUCAGAGAUUCUGCAGAGCAAAUCACAGAGACCUGGCAAGUGUGAGGAAUGAAACCGAACUUCAGAGAAUAGUGAACAUCAUGAACAGCUAUGAUGUAUGGAUAGGUCUGUAUAGGAAUCGAUUAUGGUCAGAUCAGAGCAGCUCCACUUUUACAUAUUGGAGACCAGAGAUUCCAGCUCAGACACCAGAACCUGAUAAUGGUGUUUAUUCAUCUGGACAAAAUGGAUAUCAACACUGCACAGCUGUUGAUCGUUCUGGCCAUUGGACAGAUGAACACUGUUUGUACAGUUUCCCUUUCAUCUGUUACACUGCAUUCACUCCAGAUGUUGUGACAGGAUUGCGAAUAAAAGUCAAAGCUAAAGAAAGUCUAUUACACUCUGAGAUUCCAAAACUUGUACUGAUGGAAUUUUACCAAGAAUUGAACAGACUGGGUCUUUCAAGCAACAUCUCUGUAAAUGUUAUAAAAAAACGAAAGUUCAGCCCAUGAGGAAAAGAUCAACAUUGAUGUUGAGAAUAUAAUUCAUUUUCUGGUGAUUUGUCUUUUAAUGUAUUCAUUCAAUUAGAAAUCAUUUAUUCCUAGAGCAGGUGGGAAUGCUGUAGGGUCACUCCAAGCCGUACAUCAGCCUUAAAUCCUAACAAUAAUAAUUACUGUAAUUAUAGUGAUUUAUAAAUGAGCAUUAUUUCAUUAGGAGUAAUAUUUUAUUUUGUUUAUUAGAAUUCUAUAUUGCUAAUAAAUAAUAAAAAUCUAAUAAUAUUUACUUAUUUGUGCUUAGUGAGAUUUAUAGAAAUGUUUGAUAUGUCAUUUUGCCUGUAAUAAUGCUGAUUAUUGUUGAAACAGUUGAGUGUGUUUGUUAAUAUAUACUUUCUGUCUUACUUUUCUUACUUAUUUUUAGUUCUGUUCUGGUUUUGUUGAUUACAUUAAAGACUAUUCUAAUAAAACAAGUAAUGAGAAAAGA